GUUGUAGUUGAGAGAGUUGAGACUGUUUCUAAUUUAAGAUAUUCUUUGUUUUUUUUUUCUUUUGAAAAAUUAAGUUAUAUUUCCAUUUGCUCUUAUGUAAGCUCGUAGUCCAUUUGUUCAAUCCAUAUAUACAUAACACAACUCUUCCGAGAUUGUAUCUUCUGAAGAAAUUUCACCAGUUGAGAGCAGUGCCCUCAAAGUAUACCUGCUUAAAGCUUCUCAUUAACCACAAAAUUCUUCUUUUUGUGAAAAAAAAUAGUUUUUUUUUUUAUUGGGCAGAAAAAAACAAACUUUAGCCGAAACAUCGAGUACCUUCGUCUCAGUUUAUCAGAGAAAAGGUUAGAACUUUUGAAGAAUCAGAUAGCUUCUUCACAGAAGGAACGUUCGAAUUGAUUCGCUUCUUAAUGUCACUCUCUACAAUAGCUUCUGGUAUCGGCGUUCUCGAGCUUCCUUGUUUGCGUCUGUUACCAAUCUCAAGCACCCAAAUCCAGUUUCUCACUGUUGAAGCUAGAAAACAAUCUAGAAGAAUAAGACGCGAGCGCUCCUUCAGCCCUUUUCCAGUACUUAUUCAAUCGAACCGUCGUCUUCGUCAUGGUUUCUCAGAGCUCAAUUCGAGUUUUGAUCGUUCCAACAGUGGAGAAACUGGUUCCGAUACCACUCUUAAAGAUGGUGAAGAAGUGAGGAGUGAAAGCUCUUCAGGUGUUGGUGAUAGCUAUGUGGGCUUGUUUGUGGGAAUGCUCGGUUUGGACAACGAUCCUCUUGAUAGAGAGCAGGCGAUAGAGACGCUAUGGAAGUACUCUUUGGGUGGAAAGAAAUGUAUUGAUGCGAUAAUGCAGUUUCAUGGUUGUUUGAAUCUAAUUGUCAAUCUUCUCAAGUCUGAGUCCAGCUCCGCCUGUGAAGCUGCUGCUGGGCUUAUACGGUCUAUAGCUUCUGUGAAUCUGUACAGAGAAUCCGUUGCUGAGAGUGGAGCGUUGGAAGAGAUAACCGCUCUACUGAGCCGACCUUCGCUAGCUACAGUGGUGAAAGAACAAUGCAUAUGUGCUCUGUGGAAUCUGACUGUGGAUGAAGAAAUUAGGGAGAAGGUUGCUGACUUUGAUAUCCUUAGGCUACUCAUUAGUUUCCUUGAAGAUGAUGAUGUAAACGUAAAGGAAGCAGCUGGUGGCGUCUUGGCCAAUCUAGCCCUUAGCCGCUCGACUCACAAGAUUCUGGUUGAAGUAGGAGUCAUACCAAAACUGGCAAAAUUGUUGAAAGCCGAUAAUACAGAAAACAAAGGGUCUAAAGUUAUUAGAAAAGAAGCAAGAAAUGUGCUUUUGGAGCUAGCCAAAGACGAAUACUACAGAAUUCUCGUCAUUGAGGAGGGAGUUGUACCCAUUCCCAUAAUUGGUGCAGACGCUUAUAAGUCCUUCAGACCGGAUUUGUAUUCUUGGCCUAGUUUACCAGAUGGUAUAAAUAUUGAGCAGACAGCAAAAGCUCCUUCAAGAUUUGGUGCCUCUGAGCUGCUCCUUGGUUUAAAUGUUGACAAGAAUGUUGACGACGUAGAUGAAGCCAAAAUGAAAGCAAUAGUUGGGAGGACAAAUCAGCAGUUCCUUGCCCGUAUUGGAGCAAUUGAAUUUGAGAAGGAAAUUAAGUCCGAAGGGCCAGGGAAAUCUCAGCAGCUUACCCUUCUUCCUUGUGUAGAUGGUGUGGCUCGAUUAGUCUUGAUUCUUGGAUUGGCAGAUGAAUUGGCAGCUACAAGAGCUGCAGAGUCAAUUGCUGAUGCAUCUAUCAACGAGGAUAUGCGGGUUUCUUUCAUGGAAGCCGGAGCUGUAAAGCCUUUGGUUCAGCUUUUAGCCAACAACAACAAAGAGACUGUUAAAUUACCCGUCAUCCGUGCCUUGAAAAAUUUAUCACUUAGCCGCACUGUUUGCCAGAGGAUUGAAGCUGAAGGUGCAGUAUGGUUUCUUAUUAAUCUUCUGAAGCAGCCAGAGAUCUCACUAAACGUUACAGAACACGUUCUGGAUAUAAUUGCUCAUAUCUUAGAUCCUAGCAAGGAAAUGGAAUCCAAGUUUUAUGAAGGACCGGUGAACGGAUCAAAAGCAGACUCCAGAAAGGAAGUUCUGGACGCUGCUGUUUUUUCUCGGCUCGUCCAGAUUGCGAAAACAGCCUCUCCGAACCUGCUAAGAAACGCAAUCUCUGUCAUCGAGUUUGGUAUAAUCAGUAAUCCAAACAUGGACACGAUCAUCUCCAAGGAUAUCACAACUGUUCUUGAUCUUGCUCUCCGGCAGAAAGUCCUGGAAGGUACAAAACUUAUCUUUUGAUAUAACUCUGUUUGAAUUUUAUAACAGCAUACAAUACUUUUUAUGGAAAUGCAGAACCUGAGAAUGAAGCUGAGGAGUUAGAGAAACAUCUGCUUAAGCUAGAAGAAGCUGGUUUGACGAUUUCCGCUGCUUCAAGGCUACUGACAAAACUUCUUGACUCCGAGUCCUUUCGCCAAACAAUAGAUACCGCGGUCUUCAUAGAAUUAGUAAGGAAGAUCCUAAGAUCAAGCCUCCCUCUACACUACAAAGACUGGGUUGCCGCUUGUCUUGUCAAACUCACCGCUCUCUCCUCUCCCUCUCAAUCCCUCAACAAUCCGAUCAAUCUUGAGGUAACUCUGUACAAAACGAUCCCGAGCCUCGUGGAACAAAUGAGCUUUUCCUCAUCACCAGAAACGAAAGAAGCAGCGGUUUUAGAACUGAACAAGAUAGUCUCCGAGGGAGUUCCAGAAUCUAUCCAAACACUUGCUUCACAAGGAGGUAUCGAACCGCUGGUUAAGCUUCUUGAAGAAAGGAACGAGCGGUGCGUUGAAGCGAGUUUGUCAGUAUUGUACAACUUAACCAUGGACAGUGAGAACCACACAGCCAUCAUAAGAGCAGGAGCUGUACCAGUAUUGAGACGUAUCGUUAUGUCUCAACGACCACAAUGGGAGAAAGCUCUUCGGUUACUCAGAAAUUUACCCGUUUAAGACAUUUUUACAGAUUAUUGUCAUGUAAAAUUUUGGAAUCAAUUAGAAUAAUAUAAUGUAUGAUUUGUCAUGUGAGACGAAUAUACGAAAAGUUAAUUACAUUAAGAUAAUCGGAU